AUGACUAGCGACGAUCUGGCGGCAGAAGUGAGCCACACUGCCGCUGGUGGUAACAGACAUCCAUCAGCGGCCGACUGGGGGCCUGGAGUCCUCGCUUUUGGAGCUGGAGUCAACAUUGCCAUCUGGAAUCCAGCUGAUCCCCGAUGUCGCGGUGUAUCAGCACUGCUUCGUGGUCAUACAGAUACAGUAAAUGCUAUCAAGUUUAACAUCACUGAUUCUGGUUGCCAUCUCAUUAGUGGCGGUGCAGAUAAAACUGUUCGAGUAUGGAAACCUAGCCAUGACCCUUCGAGGCCGUCAUACGAGCAGGUGGCUGUCCUUACGGAGCACUCUGCCUCUAUCAAUACCAUAUCGGUCUUGCCAGAUUGCGACAUCUUCGUCACUGGUGCAGCAGACGGCACAAUGAAGAUAUGGAGACUGACUGGAGCAGGGGCGGAUCUGAUCCAGAGUAUCUCGCUCAAACCACGAAUGUUACCGCUAACUACUGCACUUGUUCAUCUUAGGGGUGGAUCAGUCACUAUAGCAGUCGCUGGCACAUCCUCGACGAUACAAUUGUUCUCAAGGCCUAGUGAGGAUGCAGAAUUCGAGCUGCAAGCAUCUCUCGCAGGACACGAAGGAUGGAUACGAUCUCUUGACUUCGUCCACAGUGGGGAAGACAUUCUGCUGGCUUCUGCUAGCCAAGACAAAUACAUCAGACUUUGGCGUUUCCGCAGUGCUGGCGAUCACGCCGGAAUUAAAUUGAGUGAUGUGCCUGAUGCAGGAUUAGCGGCAACGAAAAAGUCACUCUCAAAUAAGGCGCACAGAGUUGGCCUUGAGACCGCGAAGUUCGCUGUGACAUUCGAAGCUCUUCUCAUCGGCCACGAAGACUGGAUAUACACGGCGAAAUGGGCACCUUCUUGGACCGAUCAGAGCGCACCAAGACUGCUUUCUGCCUCCGCAGAUAAUUCGCUAGCAAUAUGGCAAGCCGACGAGGCCUCAGGCUUUUGGGUGUGUAAUGCUAGACUGGGAGAAAUAAGUUCGCAGAAGGGCUCGACUACUGCCACAGGCAGUACUGGAGGCUUCUGGAUUGGCCUUUGGCAGCCAGAUGUCGAGUCUGUAGUGAGCCUUGGACGCACAGGUAGCUGGAGAAGAUGGUUAUAUGACCGUGCUGUUGACUCGUGGCGACAGCAGGUUGGCAUAAGUGGUCACACCCAAGAAGUGCAAGGUGUGGCUUGGAGCCGGGAUGGUUCGUAUUUACUCACGACCAGCUCUGAUCAGACUACGAGACUUCUGGCAGAGUGGAAGCGCGAUGGACACGUAUCCUGGCAUGAGUUUGCACGACCACAAAUCCAUGGGUAUGAUCUCAACUGUAUCAGUUCCCUUGGAGUGAACCAAUUUAUCUCCGGAGCAGAUGAGAAGUUGCUACGAGUCUUCGAUAAGCCAAGGGCUAUCGAUCAUCUUUUAACAACGCUAUCGGGGACUCCAUCGACUGUGGACGGCACACUUGCAGAUGCUGCAAAUAUACCAGUGCUUGGCCUGUCCAACAAAGCCGUUGCUGCUGUAGCCGACGAUGAGCCUGCGGAUGGUCAGGUCAAUGGUCAUGCUGACGAGCACCAAGUAGUUGCUCCCGAUUCCGUCAUCCACAAGUCGACCCUUGACAUCGAUCAUCCCCCAUACGAGGAUCAGCUUGCACGCCAUACAUUGUGGCCUGAGCAUGAGAAGCUCUAUGGUCAUGGCUACGAGAUCAGCGCAGUAGCCGCGAGUCAUGACGGUAGACUUGUCGCCACGGCAUGCAAAGCCAGCUCGAUCGAUCAUGCUGUAAUUCGCUUGUACGAGACAAGCGAGUGGCGUGAAGUGAAGCCGGCACUGACCGCGCAUACUCUGACUGUCACGGCCUUGGCUUUCUCAGGGGACGAUCUAUAUCUGCUCAGUGUCGGAAGGGAUAGGCAGUGGGCUCUCUUUGAGAGGAACUCAAAAGAACCGACUCGGUAUGCGCCAUUGAUCGCCAAUCCUAAAGGUCACACGAGGAUGAUUCUGGACUGUGACUGGGCGCCGACAGCUGCAGGACACGUCUUUGCCACCGCUGGUAGGGACAAACAUGUAAGAGUAUGGAAGCUUGCAGAUGGUCAAGCUGAAUGUAUCGCGAAUAUUCCAGCGCAUGUCUCUAUCACAGCCGUUGCGAUUCACCACGAGACGAUUCUGGCGACACUGCUGCUGGCAUAUGGUACCGAUGAUGGCUGUGUCGGUAUUGUCAAUCUCAGCACAAAUGCACUAGAGGUCACGCAGCAGCGGAUGCUACCCGUGCAUCAUUGUUCUUCGGCGGCGAUCACAUGCCUCCGAUGGCGACCCAGCGUCGGUACAGGGAAGGAGGAGCAGAAUUUGGCUGUUGCAAGUGAAGAUGGAGCGGUCAGGUUGUUCAGGUUCCAGACAUGA